CAAUAAAAAACAAACCAACAAAUACCUUGAAUUAGCAUCAGAGGCUAAUCACUGAGCAAUGCCUACCAACACAAAGUCGUUCUGCUUGCUCUGUUGCCUAGCAACCCAUGUUGAAAUGUAACACAGCCAGAGUUCUGAAGCAGCAGAGUGGAGUAACAUGGCAAUAAAGUCCUGGCGCCAAGCACCCAGUUGCUAAGUAACGGUAUUAAACAAGAGGAGCCUUGACUUUAGGGUGAGAGGCGUCGGGUUGAAUGGCCGGUUCACAGGAGCUAAAGCUGUUGUUGGUGUGUUUCUAAAACUGAAGACAAUCUCAUUACUCGAUUAACGAAAACUCAGAAAAAAAGAAGAUAUAAUAUGUACCAUGCCCAAAGGGAAGGGAGCCAAAGGGACAAAGCUGACCCUCAAGAUAGCCAAAAAGGCAAUACGGAUGACCCCAGAUGGACGGCGCAGACUCACCCUUAGCAACAUGGGUAUAACCAUUUUCCCAAAGUGUCUCCUAAAACUCACCAACCUGGACGAGUUGGACCUCAGCCGAAACCUGAUACAGAAACUCCCAAAUAACAUUGGGAACUUCUCGUCACUGAGAUGGCUGGAUCUACACAGCAACAAGCUGGAGUCUGUGCCCGAGUCCAUCGGCAACCUGGUGGGACUGACCCACCUCAACCUCUCAAACAACCGCCUAAUCUCUGCAGGUUUACCCUCCACAUUGGGCUUGCUCAGCAGUCUGAAGACUCUCUAUCUGGGGAUGAACCAGCUGGACACCCUGCCUCCCGCUAUGAUGGCUCUAGAUAGUCUCCAAGAGUUAGGUCUGUUUGAUAACCUCUUCAUCAAUCCACCAGAGUUUGUGAAAGUCCUAUGCAACCUCACGAAGGUGAACAUGAAACGGAAUCCUCUAUCGUAUGUUCAGGGGGGUGGUGAGGGGAGGCAGAAGGAAAAAUCUGAACCAGAGGAAAAUGUGUACUUGGUCCAUGAGAGCAGCCUGUGUAGGACAUGCCUUAAGAGGUGUAAAGAGCAAAGGACAGGGGUUCCUAAAGGAGGAAGAGGAGGAGGAGGAGAUGGUGGUGGUGGUGACGCAUUUGAAGAGAAAAGGAUAAGGACUUACGAAGGACUGAUAGUGCCAAACUCAGUGGCUACAAUCAAUCAAGAUGUGUGGAGAAUAAGAAAGAUGGAGCACACAAAUAACCAAACAGCAUCGCAAAAGUAAUCU